AUGGCCUCCCGUAUCGCCCUCCGCGCAGGCAGCGCUCUACAAACCGUCGCCAGACGCUCGGCCAUCGUUGGGGCUUCUCGAAUCACCCUCCAACGGUCCUUGCACUCCUCAAAUGUGUCAAGAGCUACUUCUGCAGCUCCAUUCCACGAACCUACGUCGCCAAAUCCUACGGCCACCACCUACGCAGCUACCACGGAGGCACUUCACACCUAUGGAUCGUACCUCACCCAGUGCCUGCCCAAGUUUAUCCAGCAGUUCUCCGUGUUGAAGGACGAAUUGACGCUCUACAUCGCACCAAGCGCCGUCGUCCCCGUUUUGACCUUCUUGAGGGACCACACCCAAUGUCAGUUCAAAGCUGUCAUGGAUAUCAGCGGUGUCGACUUCCCGGAACGCGAGAAACGCUUUGAAGUCGUGUACCACUUGCUUAGCAUUAGACACGCCGGAAGAAUCAGGGUGAAGACCUACGCCGGCGAGGCAGACCCUGUUCCCAGUGCAGUCGAAGUCUUCAGAGGAGCCGACUGGUACGAGCGGGAGGCCUGGGACAUGUAUGGCAUUUACUUUGAGAACCACCCUGACCUGCGCCGUAUCCUCACCGACUAUGGCUUCGAGGGCCAUCCUCUCCGAAAAGAUUUCCCUCUUACUGGUUAUACCGAACUGCGAUACGAUGAGGAGAAGAAGCGUGUCGUAUACGAGCCAUUGCAACUUACCCAAGCAUUCCGCAACUUCGAAUCCCUCUCUCCUUGGGAACAAAUUGGCGACGGAACCAAGGGACGGAGGCCAGAGGAACUCAAGCACGUUCCUCCUCCGCCUGCCGAAGAGAAAAAGUAGACCACUCCUGUUCCCACCGUUAGAGGCAAUAUACUAUCAU